UUCGUUCGCGACCAUUUCCAGACUUUCAGUUCCAAAACCUUCCAGCAAAGCGUCGGCAGUUGGAGACUUGGAGUUACUGCUCUCAGCAAAACGUCAAUCCCCAACAAUGGCAGACACCUCCAACGGAAAGACCACCUUCUCUUCCUUCCGUGCCGAUAAAACGGCGAAAAUCUGCGUGCUUGGUCACCGAGGCUUAGUCGGCUCCGCCAUAGUCCGCAAGCUCCGGGAAAUCGGAUUCACCAACCUUCUCCUCCGCACCCACUCCGAGCUCGAUCUCACUCGCCAAAACGACGUGGAAUCCUUCUUCGCCUUCGAGAAGCCCCGGUUCGUUAUCCUCGCCGCGGCCAAGGUUGGCGGCAUCCACGCCAACAACACCUACCCCGCCGACUUCAUUGCCAUCAAUCUCCAGAUCCAGACCAACGUAAUCGACUCCUCCUACCGCCAUGGUGUCCAGAAGCUCCUAUUCCUCGGCUCCUCUUGCAUCUACCCCAAGUUCGCACCACAGCCGAUCCCCGAGCACGCUUUGCUCACUGGCCCACUGGAGCCAACCAACGAAUGGUACGCUGUCGCCAAGAUCGCGGGUAUCAAAAUGUGCCAGGCCUACCGAAUUCAAUACGGAUGGGACGCGAUUUCUGCGAUGCCCACGAACCUUUACGGUCCGAACGACAAUUUCCAUCCCGAGAACUCGCACGUCUUGCCGGCGUUGAUGAGGAGGUUCCACGAGGCCAAGGUGAAUGGGGCGAAGGAGGUGGUGGUGUGGGGGACGGGGAGUCCCCUGAGGGAGUUCCUGCACGUCGACGAUUUGGCCGACGCAGUUGUGUUCUUAAUGGAGAGCUACAGUGGAUUGGUGCACGUGAAUGUGGGGAGUGGAAAGGAGGUGACCAUCAAGGAGUUGGCUGAGCUCGUGAAGGAGGUGGUGGGGUUCGAGGGGCAGCUCAUCUGGGACUCGUCCAAGCCCGAUGGGACUCCUCGGAAGCUGAUGGAUAGCUCGAAGCUUGCCGAAUUGGGAUGGACCCCCAAGGUUUCACUCAAGGAUGGGCUUGUUGAUACCUAUAAGUGGUACGUGGAGAAUGUCAAGCAAUAGUUCAGGUGAUAGCUCGUCAUGAUUUUCCUUUUUGAAGUAUAUAUAUAGUGGAUCAUUGACGUCCAUUGUACCAAUAAUUUCGAAUAACUAUUUGUGAUGUUUUAUUAUCUGAUAUCAUUCAUCUCUAUUUGAUUUUGAGAGUUAAGGCCACCGAACUGUUGUUUAGAACUUCGCAGGUGUUGUUAUAUAUUAUUUGAAUUGCAGUUCAUUAUUAAUAAUUGUGGUUGAUUAA